AUGUCGUGGGUGCCGCAGCAGGCAGUGCUGGCGCACGGCGCGGUGGGCGGGUUUGUGACACACUGCGGAUGGAACUCGGUGCUGGAGGCGGUCAUGGCGGGGGUGCCGAUGCUGGCGUGGCCUCUGUACACCGAGCAGCACACAAACAAGGUGUUCUUAGUCGAGGAGAUGCGGCUGACCGUGGCCAUUGAGGGGUAUGACAAAGAAAUGGUGGAAGCCCAGGAGGUGGCGGCGAAGGUGAGGUGGCUGAUUGAGUCCGAUGGUGGGUGGGAGCUCCGGCAAGCGAAGGAGGCGCGGGACGACGGUGGUGAGUCAAGAACAGCGCUUGGUCGGUGCUAA